AUGGUCAGCAGCCAUGCAGAACUUUUCAGCGAAGGCUUGGGAACGUUCAAGUACGGCACCAUUAAGCUCGAGCUGGAGGAGGAUGCGAGGCCGAUUUUUCGGAAGCCAAGGACGGUGGCUUACAAGUUUGUGGACAAGGUAGCUGAAGAAUUAGACACCAUGGAAAGAGACGGCGUGAUUUCCAAGUGCGACCGGUCGAGUUGGGGAACCCUGUUGGUCCCGGUGAUCAAGGCAGAUGGGAGUAUCCGGUUGUGCGGGGACUACAAGACCACGGUGAAUAUGCACGUAAAGGAUGUCAUCCACCCUCUACCAACCGUGGAUGAAGUGUUCAGCAAGUUGAACGGGGGCAAAAGGUUCAGCAAGCUGGACCUGUCAAAGUGCUACAAUCAGUUCGUGCUAGACGAAGAAUCUCGGGAAGUAUGUGCAAUAUCCACGGGCAAAGGCGUGUACAAGAUGAAUAGGCUGCCGUUUGGGAUUCGUCCAGCAUCGGGAAUCGUGCAAAGGAUCAUCGAGCAGCUACUGUGUGGUAUUCCGGGUGUGCAGAAUUUCCUGGAUGAUGUGCUAGUUACGGGUAGAACCGACAGGGAGCACCUGGAGAACCUGGCGAAGGUGUUCGACGUGCUGGAGCAAGCGGGGCUGAAGUUGAACCUCAAGAAGUGCCAGUUUUUCAAGAAGGAGGUUACGUAUCUUGACAUGUCAUCAGCGCCAACGGACUGUGCAAGACCGACGAGCGGGUCAAGGCUAUCCGGAUGA